AUGAGAGAUGCUGCAAGAAAAAUAGAAGAAAAGCACUUUUCUAAUCAUGCAACACAUGUUGAAUUUCUGCCUGUUGAGUGGAGAUCAAAACUUGCUCUUGAUGGAGACACUGUUGAUUCUAUUACUCCUGACAAAGUACGAGGCCUAAGAGAUAUGUUGAACAGCAGUGCAAUGGACAUAAUGUAUUAUACAAGUCCACUUUAUAGAGAUGAACUAGUUAAAGGUCUUCAACAAGAGCUGAAUCGAUUAUACUCACUUUUCUGUUCUCGGAAUCCCGACUUUGAAGAAAAGGGGGGUAAAGUCUCAAUAGUCUCACAUUCCUUAGGAUGUGUAAUUACUUAUGACAUAAUGACUGGCUGGAAUCCUGUUCGACUUUAUGAACAGCUGAUGCAGAAGGAAGGUGAGCUAUCUGAUAAACGGUGGAUGAGCUAUGAAGAACGACAUCUCCUGGAUGAACUCUAUCUAACUAAGCAGCGAUUGAAAGAAAUAGAAGAAAGAUUGCAAGGUUUGAAGGCAUCUACUAUAACACAAACACCUGCCUUAAAAUUUAAGGUUGAGAAUUUUUUCUGCAUGGGAUCCCCACUAGCAGUUUUUUUGGCAUUGCGUGGUAUUCGUCCAGGAAACAGCGGAAGUCAAGACCACAUUUUGCCUAGAAUCAUAUGUAACCGGUUACUAAAUAUUUUUCAUCCCACAGAUCCAGUUGCUUAUAGAUUAGAACCAUUAAUUUUGAAACACUAUAGCAACAUUUCACCUGUCCAAAUCCAUUGGUAUAAUACUACAAAUCCUCUACCUUAUGAACAUAUGAAGCCAAGUUUUCUCAAUCCUGCAAAAGAACCUACCUCAGCAUCAGAGGGUGAAAAUUUGACAGCAGUAUCAAGCCCACUGACUUCACCAGUCAUGUCUCGACGACAUUAUGGGGAAUCUAUAACAAACAUAGGCAAAGCCAGCAUAUUAGGCGCUGCUAGCAUUGGGAAAGGGCUUGGAGGAAUGUUAUUCUCAAGAUUUGGACGUUCUAGUAGUUCAUCCACAUCACAGUCAUCUGACACAUCAAAAGAAGUAAUGGAAGAAGAAAAGAAGCCUGUUAACCCACCUGUCAACACUACUAUGGUCACACAGACCUUUCCACACAGCAGUUCUGGUUUUCUCGAUUCCACAUAUUUCAGACUACAGGAAUCAUUCUUUCAUCUUCCAUAACUUCUUCCUGGAAAUGUAGUGCAAAUUAAGAAAGAAAGCAGUAUGGAACUGGAUCACAGGAUUGAUUUUGAACUCAGAGAAGGCCUUGUGGAAAGUCGAUACUGGUCAGCUGUAACAUCACAUACUGCAUAUUGGUCAUCUUUGGAUAUUGCCCUCUUUCUUUUAACUUUCAUGUACAAACAUGAGCAAGAUAAUGCUGCAAAGCCAAAUUUAGAUCCAGUCUGAACUUCUGAAGGAACUUUAAUGGCACAAAAUUGAUGCUUGUUAAAAUUCAAUAUGUUUAAGACAUGGAGGUUUCAGGUUUAAGUAUGUUUCAAUUUUAUUUGGGGCAAGAAAUAUUUGUAUUUAAAAGCACCUUAUUUUUUUUAAUGUUCAGUCCUAACCUAAAUAAGUUAAUUUCAAAUUUUCAGAUAGCAUUUUAUAUGGCAAAACACAAGAAUGGUUAAUGAGGAAGACUUGAAAGACCACUGUGGUGACAACUAUUAUGUUAUAUUUAAGUAUAAAGAUAAAUUAUCCAAUGGAAUCUAAUUAGUUAACUAAAUAUACAUACCUAAAAGUGUAUAGUCCUAUUUAUGUAUCAGCAAAAAGCAAAAGGUGGUAUUUUAAAUUAAAAUCUACAUUUUCCACAGUUACAUUGAGACUAUUCUAAUUACAUAUUUAGAUUUUGUUGAACUUAACUUAGAUAACUAAUGCUUUGAAAAAAGAAACAUGUCUAACUACUGUAUUUAUAAUUUAUCUCUUUUAUUGUAAUGUUUGAAGCAUUACUUAAAAAAAACUUCAUUGGAUAUAACUUAAGAAACACAUUUAUUUUCUAAAGUGUUAUUGGUUGUUGUUUUUUUCCAAGACAAUGCAUUUCUUUUAACUCUUCAGAUAAAUAUAGACACUGGCAAAUUUCCAGUUUUUUUUUUUUUAAUUAAAAAUACUUUGUAGUUUCACACAAAUAAUUAUUUGAAUUCAG